UCAGACGAUAAGACUCUAAAGUUAUGGGAUGUGAGAUCUGGAAAGUGUUUGAAAACACUGAAGGGACACAGGGAUUUCGUCUUUUGCUGUAAUUUUAACCCACCAUCCAACCUCAUUGUUUCAGGAUCUUUUGAUGAGAGUGUGAAAAUAUGGGAGGUGAAAACAGGAAAGUGCCUCAAGACAUUGUCUGCCCAUUCAGACCCCAUUUCUGCUGUACAUUUUAAUUGUAAUGGGUCCUUGAUAGUGUCAGGGAGCUAUGAUGGUCUUUGUAGAAUCUGGGAUGCUGCAUCAGGCCAGUGUUUAAAAACACUUGCUGAUGAUGGUAACCCUCCCGUGUCUUUUGUAAAAUUUUCUCCAAAUGGUAAAUAUAUUCUCACUGCAACUUUGGACAGUACUCUUAAACUGUGGGAUUACAGCAGAGGCAGAUGCCUGAAGACGUACACUGGCCAUAAGAAUGAGAAAUACUGCAUAUUUGCCAGUUUCUCUGUUACUGGUGGAAAGUGGGUUGUGUCUGGCUCAGAGGACAACAUGGUUUACAUCUGGAACCUUCAGACUAAAGAGAUUGUACAGAAGUUACAAGGUCACACAGAUGUUGUGAUCUCAGCAACUUGUCACCCUACAGAAAACAUGAUUGCAUCAGCAGCAUUAGAAAAUGACAAAACAAUUAAACUAUGGACGAGUGACUGCUAAAGUCU